AAGCACAAAACCAAGAUGGCGGUGCAGGAGACAGCAUCCCAGCUGUCCAUGGCUCUCAAAGUCCAAGAAUACCCCACCCUGAAGGUGCCAUAUGAGACUCUGAACAAACGUUUUCGAGCAGCUCAGAAGAACAUCGACCGGGAGGCGAGUCACGUCACCAUGGUCGUCGCAGAGCUGGAGAAGACGCUGAGCAACUUCCCAGUGGUCGACUCUGUGGUGUCACUGCUGGAUGGAGUGGUGGAGAAACUAAGUGCCCUGAAGAGGAAGGCCGCAGAGUCUAUUCAAGCAGAAGAUGAGAGUGCCAAGCUGUGCAAGCGUCGUAUCGAGCACUUGAAGGAGCAUAGCAGCGACCAACCGGCCUCGGUCAACCUGUGGAAGAAGAAACGCAUGGACCGUAUGAUGGUGGAGCAUCUGCUGCGCUGCGGCUACUACAAUACAGCUGUCAAACUGGCCCGACAGAGCGGCAUAGAGGAUCUGGUGAACAUAGAAAUGUUCCUCACAGCAAAAGAAGUGGAGGAGUCUCUGGAGAGGCAAGAGACCGCCACUUGCUUGGCCUGGUGCCAUGACAAUAAGUCCCGCCUUCGCAAGAUGAAGAGCUGUCUUGAGUUCAGUCUGAGAAUCCAGGAGUUUAUUGAGCUCAUCAGACAAAACAAGCGCAUGGAUGCGGUCCGACAUGCUAGGAAGCACUUCAGCCAAGCCGAAGGCGGGCAGUUGGAUGAAGUACGGCAGGUGAUGGGAAUGCUGGCCUUCCCAUCAGAUACACACAUCUCCCCAUAUAAGGAUCUUUUGGAUCCGGCCCGCUGGAAGAUGCUGAUCCAACAGUUCCGAUACGACAACUACAGACUUCACCAGCUGGGAAAUAACUCUGUGUUCACUAUCACCCUACAGGCUGGUCUAUCUGCCAUCAAGACACCUCAGUGUUACAAGGAGGAUGGAACUUCUAAAAACCCAGAUUGCCCAGUGUGCAGCAAAUCUCUUAACAAAUUGGCCCAACCACUACCCAUGGCCCACUGCGCCAAUUCCAGACUAGUCUGCAAGAUCUCAGGGGAGGUCAUGAAUGAAAACAAUCCUCCUAUGAUGCUGCCUAAUGGAUAUGUCUAUGGCUACAAUUCCCUUCUGUCCAUUCGCCAAGACGACAAAGUGGUGUGUCCCAGAACCAAAGAAGUCUUCAACUUCUCCCAAGCGGAAAAGGUCUACAUCAUGUGAUCACCAACGGCAGUACUUAGUAUUAACAAGAUCAAUGGCCCAUUGGCCCAUUGUUCACCACGUGUGAGCGGCCCACUCAGAGCCACCGGUGGAGAUGUGAUCCAGUUCCUUUCUUCACCUGGAGACCUGAGAGGCCCCUCAACGAUCAUCCCCCUCCCCCCCAGUUUCACUAGACAGUCAAUUUCACACAUCCCCCUCCCAUUUUUAAUCACACUGAAACUGGGCUCUUCAUCUUUCAGACUCUGUUUUAGAUGUGGCUAGAAGUUGUUUGAUCUGAUCCGUUUAAGCACACGGACUCUGAAUAUUUCCAUUAUCUUAAAGGCCUUCACUCUGAUGAUUAGAGUUUAGAAAACAGAACUGGUACAAUGAAACUGCUAGGUAGUUGUUUGGUUUUACUACAAGAAAUAAUAAAAAAAAAAAAAAACUAAAAAAAACAAACUCAUUGAGGUUACGUUGACGUUUUUUUAUUUUUCCUUGUACAAGUGGUUUUGCUUGUUCCAAUAAGGGGCAGUAACAUUUUAAUUCAGUGCUUUAUUAACCUGAUGAACAUGUGAUAUUUGGGGCUUUUUCAAAAGAAAUAUACCUUCUUGGUUUGUCAUUACGUGAUGCAUGUGGACAUUUUCUGAAAAUCUGACGAUUUUCUUAUAUACUUCAUUUAACUUCCUGACUUUUUGAACUUUUUCCACCUUUCUCUGAGACAAGGGCCUGAUUUAGGCUGCAGUGGGACUCCUUUGCAAAUGUAUAUGUUAGUUAUUGAUUAUUACUAAAUGCAGCAGUUUUCAGGGCAAGUAAUGGUGAAAAAGUUUGCUGUGUAAACUGGAGACAGCUUUAAAAUCCUGGCGUAGCCCUCAUUGUCCUAAAGUGAAAAGAUUUUUGGUAUAAUUUAUCAAGAAGUUCUUAGUUUAACCAUUGAUAACACUGUUUUUAUUGUUUAUUGUUUUUUACCCUUUUUUUCUUCAAAUGAACAGUCUUCCUUUUAAGUGCAAUGUUGUUUUCAUUUCAAUUAACGUAUCUUAGUAUUCAUACUGACAUCUUGGUUUCCACCAUUGUUCUAAGGUAGGAACUAUUUAAAAAGAAAAAGAAAAAAACCUAUUAAAGAUGAGAAACUGCCGAUAUUUUUCAGUCUUGUAUCAGAAGUUAAAGGUGUUUGUGGCAUCAGUACCACGGGUUUACGUAGCAUAAAAGUACACCAGCUUCACCAGCCUUUAAUGUAGUUGAUGUUUAUAUAAAGUAUGGUUAGUAAACGGCGAAAUGCUGUUGAUAUAACAGUCAUGUCUUUCCCUUCAAAGUCAGAGCUACUUUGGAGACAUGAUUCACUCAUCUGUUAUGAAUUUCAUACAAACUGUAGACAAUGUACUGUAAUUGUGGAAAAGUAGAGUAGGCAUUCUGACUGGAGUCUCAGUUAAUGCACAUGUAAUUCUUACAUAUUACACUGAUACAAAGCAGCCCAAAAAGGCAAGUUAAACAUGAUUUAGUCUUUCUCUUCUUCUAUUUUGCUCUUCCAUCUUGUGUAUCAGCACAUCAGAGGUCACAUCAUUUGUGCCAUCAAUGAAUUUGAAGUGCGUCUAUGAAGACACUCAUUUGUAUUUGUGCAGGUAGAAUAGAUGUGGGGGUUGUGUCAUGAGCAAUGUGCCUCAUAAAGAUAUUAGUGAAAUUUUAAUUCCAGUGUGUUCCAGUGGUUUCUC